CCCCACCCCCGCCUUUCUUCCAGGAGCGAGCUUUUUGCCUUACAACGGCCCAUGCUGGGUUUCUCCUCGUCUAAUUAUUGCGAUGUGUAAUCGUUUUUCCUUGGCUUCUCAACGAAAUUGAGCACCCAGAACCACCCACAACCCACUUUGGUGAAGCCGUGGCAGAAAUUAAGAAGGAAAACGUCGUCAUUGCUCUUUGGCAUGGAUAAAUGGUCAGAGGGAGGAAUAAAAUGGACUGAACAGACUAUGGCAGCCAGUCUCACGGAAGCAGGAACUGCAUUUGGUGAUCAAGCUAGACCUAGAAACCCUUCAGAAGGAGAUGAUGAUGAUGAUGAUGAUGUUGUAUUUAUUGAUUCCAUACAACCUCCCUCAGUUUCUGCCCCAGUCAUAGCUCAUCAAAGAAGCCUGUUUACAUCAUCACAAAGGGAAAAGCUGCAAGAAAACAGUUCUGUAAUUCUUCCUCCUUCAAGCGAUUUGACUUCGCAAAAAAGAAAUAUAAGUGAGACCAUCGUUAUUGAUGAUGAAGACGAUAUAGAAGCAGAUAUUGGUCAAAUGAAAAAUUCUUCCACUUGUAUUGAAUGGGGACUUCCUGGAAUGAAAAACAGAACCAAAGAUUUGGAUUUCUCUACUUCCGGUCUUUCAAGAAGUAAGACCAAGACUGGACUGGGACACUUUAAUCCCGGUAGAGUGAAUGUGGCAGGAGGCCUGUUUCAGAAUGGAGGAUUUGCAACUCACCAUAGUCCUGAUUCUUGGAUCUCCCAGUCAGCAUCAUUUCCCCGUAAUCAGAAACAACCAGGGGUGGAUUCUCUAUCACCAGUGGCCUUGCUUCCUAAGCAGAUUUUCCAGCCUCCUUUCCAACAGCAACUUACUAAACCAGCUAAAAUCACUUGUGCUAACUGCAGAAAACCUUUACAGAAGGGACAGACAGCUUAUCAACGGAAAGGAUCAGCUCACCUCUUUUGUUCCACUACCUGCCUUUCUUCCUUCUCUCGUAAGCGUGCUCCAAAGAAGCGCUUGUGCAAAAAAGAUGCACCUACAGAAAAGGCCACUGUUGGUGGUCAAGGUGAUCCAAGGACAUCUUCUCACGACUUGUAUAGUACGCUUUUGUUCUCUCCCUGUGAAGACACACAGAGUCUUAGAAAAAGAGUGCUGAAUAAAUCAAGAUGCACAGUCUGUAAUAAACUAACAGAGAUUCGCCAUGAAGUUGGCAUUAAUAAUGUAACUCAUAAACUUUGUAGUAACCAUUGCUUUAAUAAGUACAGACUGGCCAAUGGUCUGACAAUGAACUGUUGUGAACAGUGUGGCGAGUACAUGCCCAGUAAAAGUGCUGGAAACAAUGUCCUGAUGAUUGAAGGCCAACAGAAAAGAUUUUGCUGCCAAAACUGUAUUAGCGAAUAUAAACAGUGCAUCGUGGCUCGCAAACACAGCAAAACCAGUGCUAGUGAUAGCAGCAGCAAGAGGCAAAGGAGAAGUAUUGAUCUGGAAGUGAAGCAGAAAGUUAUUAAACUGCAUGAAGGUGGAAAAUCAGUGAAUGCUGUUGCUCGUGAUUUAGGCAUGUCUCACUCAACAAUCACAACGAUCCUCAAAAACAAAGAAAAGAUUCUCCGAGCUGUUAAAGGAUCAGCUCCACUGAAAGCUACAAGGCUAACGAAAAUGCGAGAGGGCCCUAUCUCAGAUAUGGAGACAUUGCUGAUGGCGUGGAUAGAGGACCAAGCACUAAAGCGAAUCCCUCUCAGCACAUCGGCCAUCACUGCUAAAGCGCGAAGCUUGUUCGAGAUGCUUAAAGAAAAAGCAGGACCAGACUACAAUAUCGAGUUUAGUGCUAGCUCUGGGUGGUUCAUGCGCUUCAAACAACGGUUUUCGCUGCAUAAUGUGAAAACAAUAGAAAUAAAAUCAAAAAAAGUAUCAGCACCAGAAAACAGAAAAAGAACUGCUGUUAGAGAAAAAAAAGAAAGAAUACUAUGUGGAUCAUUGAAUACACUUUUGGACAAAAUCGAUGGAACACCAAGAGAAAAGGAAAAGAUAGCAGAGCUACAGGUUUCAGUAGAAGGUAACACAGGCCCAUCGCUCAUCAAUAAGGGUGGGAAUUCACCUUCUUCUGUGUCAGCCAUAGAUGGUAAAUUUCAAGAGCAAAUGGAAGAGAAAAAAUCAGAAGAUUUAGCUGUGCCAGAUGUACUUUCUACAGAUCCAGGUACAUGGCCCCGGAUUUUGAAUACGAAACAAUGGGAUGCUCUUGUUGAACAUGAUCCUCCUCAAGUGAGAAAUUUCAACUUCCCAAAAGACAAUACAGGAAGGAAGUUUUCAGAAACAUACUAUACACGAAUUCUGCCAAAUGGUGAAAAAGCCACUAGAUCCUGGUUACUUUAUUCUACCUCAAAAGAUUCCGUGUUUUGUCUAUAUUGCAAACUCUUUGGGGAAGGAAAAAAUCAACUGAAGAAUGAGAAUGGGUGUAAGGAUUGGCAGCACUUAUCACAUAUUCUUAGUAAACAUGAAGAAAGUGAAAUGCACAUCAAUAAUAGUGUUAAGUAUUCAAAAUUAAAAUCUGAUUUAAAAAAUAAAAGUGGAAGCUGUAGGACAGAAAUUGUGUAAAGAUGAGAAAAAAUUGUGAUGUGCUACUGUUAAACAUCUACUAUACCUGAUUUGGUAUUUGACAUGGCAGUGUCUGAUUUGGUUUUCGACAUGACUGUCUUACAUUUACUUUAAAAACAAACAAGAAACCCAACCCUGUAUCUAACAGUCAAUACAAUAUUGUGCUGUGAGGCUCUUAUACAGAAUAACUUUUCAUAGUUCAUUAGCAAUAAGUAUAAUAGCAAAUAGAUAGUAAAGAAUGUUUCAGAUUCUAGGCUUAAUUGGACUUAAGGCAGAUUUCAGUAAAAUCAUUAUUUUACUUUUAUCAAUUCACACCUUGAAAAUUGCUAUUUGAGGACUGACAAUUGACAGGUUAGGUUAAUUUUCUGCUGUGAAAACUUUAGAGGAGAGGCCAGAAAGGCUUGAUUUAUCAUUAUACCAAUGUGAACAAGGAUUCUCUCUUUGUUAUUCAAAUGGUAAAAAUUCAGAAACCAUUUAGGAACACAAUGGGAUGUUAAAAGCAUAGCUUUUUGCUGUUAAACCAAAUACUUCUGAUUUCUUUUUUUUUUUUUUUUUGAGCGAAACGUUUGUUACAUUAAGUUGAUUAACUGGCAUUUUAUUGGUUUUAUAAUUUUUAAUUUAAUUUGUAAAAUGUUUUAGCUUUUAUUGUGUGAGAACUAUAAAAUAAGAGUAUAUAUUUUUAACAAAUAUAAGAAAUGUUGAAAUAAAAGUAUAUUAAAUUAA